AUGGGGCUGCCUCCAACCGAGCAACUCUAUCCCUGCAGUGGAUGGACAAUCGACGUAGUGUAUGCGAGCCUCAACCCUGCUCUCCCCGCAUUACGGGCGCUGCCAUCCCCAACCCGAAUGAUCGAGCUAGCCAAGUCGAGUCCCCCGCCGCGCUGCGUCGAGCAGGCGGGCCCGGAUGAGCGCCAGCUGCACGCCUUGCCCCCGAUGUCCCAUAAGAGUGCUAUCUAA